UGUACAUAGAAGGUGAUCAGAUCUCUUAUGGAUAGAUUGAUAAAAAUAAUAGAAAGCGGAAAAAUUGCAUUUACUUUCAUUGUCUGAUGACUCUUUCAAAGAUUGGGGUGGAGCUUUAAGCACAGUGCAAUGGAUUUUUAUAUGGACCUGUAGCUCAGAAGGAAUUGCAUAGUGAGGACCCCUCAACGAAAGCAUACAUGGAAGUUUCCUCAGUGAAUAUAAAAUAUAAUAGAAAAUGGCUGAGAAACGUCACUCGGCUGUACUUGGCACCAUUCUUCUGGACAUGACCGAGCAUGUGAAGAAAUGUGGGCUUUACUGCUGCUGUGCCAGAGGUCUUCAAGAACUCACAUAGAAAAAAUCUGAAGUAUUUUAAAAUAAAUAAUAAUCCAAGCCAUUUCUAUUUCCUUUCCAAUAUCCUGUCCAAAAACCUGGGCAGAGUUGCAGCCGCCAUCUUUUUCAAUAACUUAUUAACCAAUGUGGAAAAGGGGAUUGAGGGUAGGGUGACCAGAUGUCCCGAUUUUUAUAGGGACAGUCCUAAUAUUUGGGGCUUUUUUCUUAUAUGGGCGCCUAUUACGCUCCACCCCCGUCCCGAUUUUUCUCACUGUCUAUUUGGUCACCCUAGCUGAGGGUGAAAGACACUGGUCCUUCUCUCACCAUUUUCUUUGUGCUUUGAUUUGUUUCUCUUCAGGAAACCAGGCUGCCUCCUAACGCCUCUUUAACUAGGGCUUGUCAGUAAGAAAAUGAACUAUUUUAACUGUGCAAUUACAGUGCCUGCUGAAUGCUUGUCAUCACAGCAGUAGGAACCUGCUCUGAAGCUUAUAUAUGCUGGAGAGGGAAUUACAGCAACCAGGGCACAAAGUUAUAAAUAUCCAGCGAGACUUGCAUACCAAACCCCCUAUGUUUGUAAUCACCCUGGCUGGCUCCAGAAAUUGGAAACCAAGCAAGCAAAUAAAUAAAUAAUCCUGAAGCAGUGUGGACUGACAACCAGAUAAGCAGGGCAGACUGGAUUUGAUCCAAAACCUUCUAACAGCAAAGCUGUUGGGACCCCAUUGUGACCUCAGGCCUGAGCAUGCAAUGAUGUCAUCAGCAUUCAGCUGUGAACAACCUUGAGGCACUUCCGAAUUCAACAGAGAAGGAGAAUUUUUCUCUCUCCUUCCCCUCAACCCCAAAUGAACUGCUUGGGAAGUCGCUGCUUCAGUGUGACUGAGGCGGCCCCACUGCCCGAGAUCCAAGCGCCGCUUCUCCUCUCCCUAAUAACACCUGAAGAUGGGACCUUUUUUCUUUCUGCUCUACGGAACAAAAAGACAACAGAGCCCGUGACAACUCAGCCGACUCAUGGGGUUGGCACGUCCACCGUCACAACAGUCAUACGGACCGGAGGAGACUGGACCACUGGUCUCUUUGGUAUCUGCAGUGACAAGAGUGUUUGUGUCUGUGGUGCCUUGUGUAGUCCAUGUCUAGAAUGCAACCUUGCAAGGCACUAUGAGGAGUGCCUGUGUUUCCCAUUGCUGCCAGGUUCCACCUUAGCGUUGAGAGUCGGCGCCAGAGAGAAAUACAAGAUACGAGGAACCCUGUGUGAAGACUGGAUGGCAGUUCAUUGCUGCUGGCCUUUUGCUGUUUGCCAAGUGGCCCGAGAGCUGAAGAGGAGAGCUACGACCCAGAUCUAUGAAAUAAACACUGCUCCUACAGCUAAAGAUACCCUAGUUUAAAAAUUCCCAGCCAGAAAGCUUGACUCAUGAUACUUCCCCCUCCUGCCAAUGUAAAAUACUUUAUUUUUAGAAAUAAAAUGCAUUUGU